AUGGAGUUCUAUUACUCCUCCAUAUUUCCAUCUUUGAGUGAGAGAAAAUGCAUAUUUUUACUCUUCAACGGCAUCCUCGCAUUCCUGGCCAAAAACCUCAAUCUCAACACCUCAGCCCGAGACAAUUUCGACCGCGAAGAUUGUCUUUUUAACGUCGAAUAUGAUCAAAAUUCGUCGAAUGCCUCUGUAAUUAUAGAGGAGAUCGAGGUAAAGGUUCAAGACGACCGCGUCUCUCAGAAUGCAGCGGAUGAGAUCAUAGAGACUGAAAUGGUGUGCGAAGAUUGGAACGAAGAUGAAGAUGAAGAUGAAGGCGAUGAAGAAAGUGAAGGCGUAGAGGAGUCGGCUUCGGUGGUGAGCGAUAUGAGAGUUAGCACGGAGGAUUUGAACAAGAAGUUUGAUGAAUUUAUUAGGAAAAUGAAAGAGGAGAUUAGGAUUGAAGCUCGACAGCAAUAUUUGAUCGUAGUGUAG